CACGCCUCGUGAAAUCUUCUAUUUCCAAGCCCACGCUCGUGGCUUAGUGGUGUUUUGAACAGUAGCAGUUGUGCCAACAAUCAUGAACAGAUAGAGGUACUACAACACAGCCAUAUUGACCUUCCUUAUCACUCCUGGCCUUGUACCAUAGAGAAGUCUCAAAAUGUCGACGUUUUUCUCGCGGAGCACGGGGUCGGGACUUGGUUACCAAACCAAGUCCCACCUUGGCCACAUGCAGAGCCAUAGUCAGCUGUACUGCGGACCAAGGUCACCAGAACCGAUGGAAACAACUGUUCCGAUCACGGUUGGAGGGUAUUCAUCUAUUACGCGAUUAGAGGGUGCUAUCUUUCCAGCACACUGUCACUGCUGUGCUAUAUUUCUUAUUCUUUCUUAUGUCCCUUAUCAUGAGAAUGAAGAGAUUUCAGAUUCAACAUUUAGUUUUGAAAUUGAACUACCACAUGAAGUUCAAAAAACACCCACCCUUACUCACACCGUCGCAUCAAUACCAGGUACGAAGACCAGAAUUCUCUUGGCAACACCAACCUGGUAAAUUCCUAUUUCGUCGGCGAGCGAGGUAGAAGUCCAGAAAAAGCAAGGACCAAAAUCAUGAAUGUCAGACAUCAAGACUCGACCAUAACCACCAAAGACCGCGCACUAUCACGGGAACUCAAAGCUACCAAGCAGAGGUUUGGUUUUGUGGCGAAUGCUAGUAACACCCACAAUACGAACACCGGGUUGAGGAAAGUAGCCAGGCAAGAAGCGGGAACUCUGAAGGAUGCGAGGAUGCCAUUGGGAGGUGUGGAGAGCAGAGGUGGAAGUGGUAUGAACUUCUUGUCACCGAUGUGAUCGUGAGCAAGAUCGUAUCGACUUUGUUGACAAGUUUCAAAGGGAAAUUACCUCAUUGCAGCUACAUCAUAGUUUGAAGAAUAUCGCUGUGUUAUUAUUUCAUUGUUGAACAAAAAGCGACCUCCUCAUAUCUAUCUACCUCUCUUCUCUCUACCACAUCACAGUUGGGUCCCACGAUCAUUACCAAGAAGACAGUGGUCCUGUGACGGUGAUGGUGACAGUACCACCGCAUGGCGAAGUCGCAAAAAUUGCGGUAGAGAGGCCUACAGUCGGAGACGUCAAAGAAUUUUUUUCGCAGUAUGGCGACAAUUUUUUUGCCAAUAUCCGACGACGAGAAACCUUCACUGCACAAGCGAAUUACUUGGGGCAUUCGAGUAUUUAAGUUCUUUGAUUAUACUGGAGGGUAUCUAUUAAAGACGACUACUGGAAGAGGAAAAACAGUAACAGUCUGACUGCUGAGACUUCGUCAGGAGGUAGGACCUCAAGUAAAAGAGCCUCAUUUAGGUAGAAGCACUAGAAAGAUCAUCACCAUUUCGCAUCAUCGUCCACAUUUCUCUCCACCAGAUGUGACCCUGAAUCAAGUGAAGAUCCCGGUAGCAUGUAUCCGAGUGGCUCCUGCGGACAGCCCUGACCUAGAGCUAGGAGACGACAGGCACCUUGCAGAGUGCGAUUUUCGAGUGGCGGUGUCACGGAGGACGAUAGAUUUCGGGUCCCACGAUCUCUUCACGCUAGACGACAUCGAUGAUUGCAGAGUACUAGCAAAGUUUUACUUUGGUUGAGGUUGGGGCAUUACCGUAAUGGAGGUAAUCUGUCAGUUUACAACUAGAAUUUUUCUCCUCGAGGAAGACAUCUAAUAUUCAAUACGUCACCCACUAGCUAUUACUUCAACUUGUUUCGUGAUCACGUUGGCGUCCCAUUGAGUUCCAGUUCCCCAAUCCAUCAAAAAAAAACAAGGUCUUCCUCUACCAAAACGUUGGCGAACAAGAAUUGAACCGACUAACGGUCGAUACUGACGGCCAGAAGUGCUCCACUCUGCACAAGCUGAUUAAGAGGAAGCGAGCUAAUGCGUGUCUAGCAAUGCUCGAAGACACUGUGAGGCUCAGGAAGGAAACCCUCAACCACUCACCAGACAUGGAGACGGCCCUUAUGGUAUACUUAUUCUGGUUACCUGCAUUCAUAGCUAGUAUGCAGAUUUCGUUCUUAUUCUUUAAGAACCAACUUACUAGCAAACUAGACAAGCACGCCCGUAUUGAAGCAAAAAUGAGAAAUUUCAAAGAUCUUUUUCAACAUCCACAAAUUUCCCCAGGCCGCCUGUCGUAACGGUCUCUCGCAGAUUUGUCUGGCGAUCUUAGAACGUGCAGAUUUCGGAGGCUUGAACAAUGGCGAAAUGCACUUCAAGAUUAUGAAGAGAGAAAAUCCUAGACAAGACUGGAACUCAAUAUUUUCAUAAUUUUACAUCUCGUCCUCCAACUACAACACUUCUGGCACUUCUUUAAUGAAUCAAUAGGUUUUACAUGACAAUCACCUUCUAAUCUCCAAGACCCAAACUUCGUGCCACGAACUGACGUCUCCGAACUGAAGUCUCUGGAAGGCUCCGUGCAGCCAGACGGCGGCUUUUCAGCAUUGGAUUUGGCCUGUAUGCAUGGAUUGGAGGAGGUGGCCUGCUAUAUAUGCACGAGAGAGGAUUUUUUGGAGGUCAACAACAUCUCACCAGGGAACUACACCUCUCUGAUGCACGCAGUUAGGAAUGAUCUGCCAAAGGCAGCAGUUGCGAUAUUGAAGAGACCGGACUUUCGAGUUCUGAAGGCAAGGAAUACGCAGGUAGCCUUCCCCUUCUAGUAGGUUGGUUCUUAGAAUUAGAUGUUCAUGAUCUAUCUGCAUGGAUGCUGUAUCAAUAAAAGUUUCCUUUCCAGAAAUCACUUUCUUAUCGAACAACACCAAAUUUCCGAACGACCCUGUGCUAGAUGUAAUCCCUCUCAAUGAAGUCAAUGUCUCCAAACCAACAAACUGCAGGCAAUCGAAUGCACAGCCUAUCAGAUGGCGAAGAAACGGGCACAGAGGCCGUACAAGCUACCGCAGCACGACCCAGAUAGGAAGGAGGAGAUUUUGAGCAAGUGUGAGGUUUUCGCGAGUGUCUGUCGCUUGAUGGAGAAGCACCCAUCAUUCUCGCCAGACAUGAGCAAUGCGUUCACAAGGGACAAGUAAAUGGAGGAUGGUCUGUGCCUGUUCUUAGCAGGGAUCUUCUAUUAGAAGGUGUAGGUUUCAAGAUGCGAGGACUUUUAGAAUUAGAUACGAAAUUAAUCUGCAUAAAGUUUGGUGGAACUGGAAGUUCAUCGAUUAUGGAUGCAUAUGCAUAGCACUAAUAAUAUGGCCAUGCGACAUGAUGUCGAGCUCUCUUUUCAUCCCAUAAUAAUAAUUAUCGCAUACCGCGUUAAACAUCAGGAAUCUCUUUGAACUUGAAGAAAUGUAACGCAAAUAAUCGCCACAAGAAAAACAAAAAACUUACUAGGCUAAAGAACAGAAAAACAAACUACAUUCACACUCAACACUAUCUGAUAGAAGAAUCAACAUCUUCAACGACUACAGUUUACUCUUUUUAACUAGAUGGUCUAAAAAGUAAGCAUCGCCUUACUCAUCUGUAACUGUAUAUAUGUUUACAAUCAGUUGUGCAGAUGAAUCAACACAAGCACGGCCGAACUGUAUAGAAGAUUGCCUUAUUCUUGCUCCAGCCAUGUAGCACAGGCAAGGGGAUUGGAAAAUCAGGAACAAAUUCUCAGUCAAUGUAUAGAAAAUGAACAGCGAGCAGGGAAGAGUCAACAUCCAUAUUCGGCACACCGUGAACAUAAAUUGGCGCCGCGGUACGCAAACCUACACUUGUCACAAACUAGCCAACUUAACAAAAUUCUGGCAACGAUGAAAUUCAUUUUUUCGCCUAUUUUUGAUUUUGAACAUUCAAUGACGCAAAUCAUGCUGCGCAUGAGGAGUGUGGAAAACAAAAUAAUGUAUUGGUUUAUGUUGAACUUGUACUUGAACCGGUGAGCACGACUACGAGGACAACGGCGGGGGAAAGUAAUCUUCACAUGAGGCAAGAAGGGCAAC